AUGGAGGGACAACUCAGUGCCGACAAUUUAAAAGCACACAACGCUCACCUGAAGGAGUCGACUUUACAACCAGAAAGCGGUGUGACAGGUGGUACAACUAGUACUACCAAAACUUUAGGGACGAAAAAAAUGGGGACUCCAUCAAAUAAGUUAAGUCUUAAAGACAGACUGACUCUCGGGGGAAAUUCUUCAGUGGACGACAAGAAAAGUGAUGCCGGAAGUGGUUCCAAGUUGUCCAGUAGUAUCAACAGAACCAGAUUUAGUCGUCUUCGGACCAAACUUAAGAUGCAGAGUCUUUUUGGCACGAAUUUGUCUAAGACAGGGUCAGAAUCUGGACACAAACCAAUCAGAUCGUUGGAAAACACUUACAAAUUAGAACCAGAGGAUGGAACUCAGUUUUCAAUAUCAAACGCCGAGAAGAUUAUGACAAAUGUGUUCGAGGCCUAUCUGAAAGGGCGACAAUAUGACGCCAAAAAGUUUCGACUACUGUCAAAAUCUUUAGCAGACAUGAUCAAGGAAAGAGUGAAGCAGAGCGGAAUUGUUCGGUAUAAGAUUGUAGCAACGGUGUUAAUAGUUGAGGACUGUGGUCAGACAGUUCGCCUGGGCAGUCGAAGUCUUUGGGACACGACAUACGACAAUCACGCGACCGUUGUUUUCAAAGGCGAUGGAUUUGAGGCAGUUGGGUCCGUUUACGCUGUAUUUUUUGCCUAA